AUGGCGUUGCUCUCGAUCGCCGCAUCAGGGAGCGGCUCCCAUCCGUCUCCCUACCCAACCGAGAUGGUAUCAACGGUCUCCAUUAAUAGAUGGGAAACACGAAUAGAUAUAUGCCUAUGUUUUGCAACGACGGAUGUUCCUCAGGAUGAUGAGGCUAUACCGGAUGGAGAACUAAGCGAGGUCUCCGUUUCAACUUAUGUUAACUCGUUGAAGAAUGAGUUCGCGACACUUCGUUCCGCUGAGAUUAAGGAUAUGGUAGAGAAUAACAAGAUUAAGCUCAGCACCAUUAUGCAGAGCAAUCGCGGUUCUUCAACAAUCUGGCAAACGAGUGCAUUGGAUGGUACAGGUUUAGCCGCGAAUCUGCUGACACCUAGGCAAGACGAUGCGUCGUGCUCAACGCUUGGUCUUGAACUGUGCCUUGCUGAGAAAGAUGGUGGCAGUUCUCAAGAAGAUAGUCCGUAUGGCACAUCGACUGCUACUUUGGGUGGAAUUCUCACUGCAAAGAAUGCUAAUAAGCCAAUUGAACUACCAAAAGUGUCAGACCUUCCACCUUAUACAACAUGGGUGUUUUUGGACAGGAACCAGAGGAUGACGGAAGACCAAUCUGCAUUUCAUCGACAAAAUAUUUACUACAAUGCACAUUGUGGUGAAGCUUUAAUGUUCAGUGAUAGUGAAGAUGAAGUUGUUGAGGAUGAAGAGGAGAAAAGGGAAUUCAAAAGCUCUGAAGAUUGUUUUAUUCGGAUGACCAUUGACGAAUGUGGCAUGUCUGAUGAAGUGCUGGAGACCCUAGCUCAAUGUUUUGAGAAGACUGCUGGUGAUAUAAAGGCCAGAUAUGAGAUCUUACAAGGAGAGAAUACUGAAAGUUCUUCCAAAGAAGUGUCCAAACUUAAUGCCAAACUGAAAGAUAUCUACCACGAUAAAGAUUUGGCUGCAGCAUUGGAUUCCUUCGAUAAUCUCUUUUGUCGGCGAUGUCUAGUUUUUGAUUGCAAACUACACGGGUGUUCUCAAGAUUUAAUAUUUCCUGCAGAAAAGCAAUCACCUUGGAACAGCAUGGAUGAUGUACCAUGUGGUAUUCAUUGUUAUAAGCUGGCCACCAAACACAAAGAUUCAGUUGCAUACUCACAACAUAAUUCUCCAAGCACAAGAAGUUCUCGGAAGAAGGAUGCACAUCAAAUGGAGAAUAACUCAGCUUUAGUGGAAGAUCGUAAUUAUUUGAUGGUGGAAACAAAUAAUGAGCAUUCAGCAACAGAUGGUCAUGAUAGUUCUAGGAAGGAAGAAUUAGUCGAUAAGAAUAUAUGCAGGCAAGAAGACAAUCUUGUAUCCUGGAUGGUGAUUGAGAAAGAGCUUCUAGUUAAAGGUGUGGAGAUUUUUGGAAGGAACAGUUGUUUAAUUGCUCCGAACCUUUUUGAUGGAGAGAAAUCAUGCAGUGAUGUUUUUCAGUAUAUGAAUUAUAUUGAGAACAGCAGCACAUCUGAGGUUUUUAGCGGUGUUGAUUCUCUUGUUAAAGGAUUCAUAAAAGGACAUGGGUUGGGCCUGGGAUCACGGCGUCCUAGAAAGCGAGGAAGGGUCAAGCAUGCCUCAAGAUCUACAGUCUACCGUUUCAUAAGGAAAAGGAUUGCAGCAAUGAAGGGUGAGCUUCGUCAGCAUUACAAUCCAUGUGGUUGUCAAUCGGCAUGUGGGAAACAGUGUCCAUGUCUUAAAAAUGAUACAUGCUGUGAGAAAUUCUGUGGGUGUCCGAAAGCGUGCAAGAAUCGUUUUCGAGGCUGUAAUUGUGCAAAGGCUCAGUGUCGCAGCCGCCAGUGCCCAUGCUUUGCUGCUGACAGGGAAUGUGAUCCUGAUGUGUGCAGAAAGUGUGGGGUAGGUUGUGGUGACGGUUCAUUGGGUGUCCCCAACCAAAGAGGUGAUAAUUAUGGAUGUCAGAACAUGAAACUGCUUCUUAGACAACAACAAAAGGUCGUACUUGGGAGAUCUGAUGUUUCUGGCUGGGGAGCAUUCGUUAAGAAUACUGUUGGCAAGGAUGACUGUCUUGGGGAGUACACUGGGGAGCUUAUCUCUCAUAGGGAAGCAGCCAAGCGUGGACAGAGAUAUGACCGUGAGAAUUCAUCAUUCCUUUUCAACUUAAAUACUGAGUUUGUUCUCGAUGCCUUCAGGAUGGGCAACAAGCUGAAGUUUGCCAACCAUUCCCCUGAUCCGAAUUGCUAUGCCAAGGUUAUGUUUGUAGCAGGCGACCAUAGGGUGGGCAUAUUCGCCAAUGAGCGGAUUAAUGCAGGCAAGGAGAUUUUUUAUGAUUACCAUUACGCGCCUAACGAAGCACCAGCGUGGGCUCUGAAGGCUGAUGAUGCCACUGGAGCGAAAGACCCCGGUCAAUCUUCCAGUGGAAGCGCAAAGAAGGUUGAUACUCCUGGAGCGAAAGACCCCGGGCAAUCUUCCAGCGGACGAGCAAAGAGGCCCCGGAAGUCUUCCAGAGGGCGACCGAGGAAGCAUGCCCGGUGA